ACUGGUUUUUUCUUUUUCGUGAUCCAGUAUCGCCGCCAGUCACCGCUGCAUCUAUAUCUAUUUCGCCUCCUUUUUUUCUCUCACGAACGGCCCAUUUCCUUCUACGGCCACCAUCGUCCGAUCCGGCGCCGGCGUUUUGGGCCUUCAACUUCAGUAUCAUUAUGGACGCCCGCUGCCGAUCGACGAAGUCGACGACUACCAAGGUGAAGGCGACGACCAACACCGUCAACGAAGAUUCCACGAAGUCUUCCGACGCUCAGGCCCUCCCUCUAUACUUCACCAAUGCCGUCUUCUUCACGCUCUUCUUCUCCGUCGUGUAUUAUCUACUCGGCCAGUGGCGGAUGAAGAUCCGGAACUCUGUUCCUCUGCAUUUUGUUACUCCAUUGGAGAUCGUUGCUCUUGUCGCCUUAGUAGCCUCGCUCGUGUACCUUAUUGGAUUCUUCGGGAUCGAUUUUGUUCAGUCUCUGUUUCUCCGUCCGACGGCGGAAGGGUGGACGUCGGAGGACGACGAUGAGCGUUCCAUUGUUAAAGAUGAUUCGGGGAAAGUGCCGUGUGGUGCAGUGCUUGAUUGUGCUGUUUCUCCUCAAGUUCCACCUACAGUUCUGUCUGUACCAAAAUCGGUUGAUCCGCUGCCAGUUCCGAUCAAACUGAACGAAGAAGAUGAGGAAAUCGUAAAAUCCGUGGUGGUUGGGACUACUCCGUCGUACUCUCUUGAAUCGAAGCUCGGAGACUGUGCUAGAGCGGCGGCAAUCCGCCGUGAGGCUCUUCAGAGGAUUACCGGUAAGUUUCUCUCCGGUUUGCCUCUGGACGGCUUCGAUUACGCUUCGAUUUUAGGGCAGUGCUGUGAGAUGCCAGUUGGAUACGUCCAGAUUCCGGUAGGUAUUGCAGGUCCGCUUUUGCUUGAUGAAAAAGAAUUUUCAGUGCCGAUGGCUACAACAGAGGGAUGUUUGGUUGCGAGUACAAAUCGAGGAUGCAAGGCGAUUCACCUAUCAGGAGGAGCCAACAGCGUCUUGUUGAGAGAUGGCAUGACCAGAGCUCCGGUGGUGAGAUUCGCCACCGCGAAGAGAGCCGCUCAACUCAAGAUUUUUCUUGAAGAACCUGAAAAUUUCGAGACUCUGGCUUUGAUCUUCAACAAAUCGAGCCGAUUCGCGAGACUGCAAAACAUCAAAUGCGCCAUUGCCGGUAAAAACCUCUAUACGAGAUUCUCGUGCAGCACUGGCGACGCCAUGGGGAUGAACAUGGUCUCUAAAGGUGUGCAGAACGUUCUGGAUUUCUUGCAGGAGGAUUUCCCUGACAUGGAUGUCAUCGGCAUCUCAGGAAAUUUCUGCUCUGACAAGAAGGCCGCUGCCGUGAACUGGAUUGAAGGAAGGGGAAAAUCGGUGGUUUGCGAGGCGAUAAUUAAAGGCGAUGUGGUGAGGAAGGUGUUGAAAACCAACGUGGAGGCUUUGGUGGAACUUAACAUGCUUAAGAACCUUGCUGGGUCCGCCAUUGCUGGAGCACUGGGUGGAUUUAAUGCUCACGCCAGUAAUAUUGUCACUGCCAUUUACAUAGCCACUGGCCAAGAUCCUGCACAGAACGUGGAGAGUUCUCACUGCAUUACAAUGAUGGAAGCUGUGAAUGAUGGCAGGGAUCUUCACGUGUCCGUUACCAUGCCUUCCAUUGAGGUUGGUACAAUUGGUGGGGGCACACAACUGGCCUCGCAAUCGGCUUGUCUGAAUCUGCUUGGAGUUAAGGGCGCCAACAGAGAAGCGCCAGGCUCAAACGCAAGGCUAUUGGCCACCAUUGUAGCUGGCUCUGUUCUUGCUGGAGAGCUCUCUCUCAUGUCUGCCCUUGCAGCUGGACAGCUCGUCAAAAGCCACUUGAAAUACAACAGAUCAAGCAGAGACAUCCCCAGUGUUUCAUCCUCCUAGUCUCUCUUCACACUCCACAACCACCACCGCCAAACCCGCCGGUGCUACGCCGUCCACGGCGGAGGUAUGAAUAACGUAUAAAAACUAAAAAAUAAAAACAAUGGUUUCUUGAAUUUUCUGUUUCAAUU